UUCACUGAAGGAGUUUAUUUGAGAGCACCGCACGAAAAUCCUCAGUUGAUCAACCAUGGCUUGGCGGUGAACACGUAGGAUAUCCUUGGAACAAAAUGAGCGAUCCGAAAGAAAACGGGCAAUGUUCAAAACCUGGCCUGGGCUGUUUCGUGAUUGCGUGGAUUUCCGUAGCCACGAUCGCUCUGAUUCUGUCGUAUUUCAUCGCACGCUCUAAUGGAGACGUUUCGUUCAUUGUUCCGUCGAUAAGUGACACAACAUACAAAGACCCCGAAGGAGCAAUUUUCGCCGAGUUCUUCAAUGCCACGGCAAUUCUAACUCUGGUUAUGAUGGCUGUUCGAUAUUUCCAGGUCAAAAUGAUCAAUAGAGAAAUAGAAGGCAGCAAAUCGUCUCCUCUAUCACAGCUCAACUUACUGAGUAACGUCUUCGGUCUCGGAAGUGCCUUGGGAGUGUCUGUUGUCGCAAAUUUCAGAUCUCGUGAGGUUGAUAAUCCCUUGUCGGCUGUGCAUAUAAUUGGAGCUGUGCUCCUUUUUGUCAGCGGUGCUGCCUACUGUUGGACCCAGACCUUUAUCACCUAUCAGCUUACCAAGUUUAAUGUGAACACUAAAACUAUGUUUUUGGUGCGCCUAGUCAUUUCAAGUCUUCUUUCAUUGAAUGUCUUAAUAUUCUUGGUUUGCGGUGGAUUUGACAGCCGUACCUCAAUGAUCAAACCUAUCGAGAUCGCUGGGAAUGUAGCCGAAUGGGUCGCUGCCUGGUGUUUUGGUGCGUUUGGAAUUUCGUUCUGUAAAGAAUUCCAAAAACUUUCCCUAAAUAUUCAAUGUAUUCCUAAGUGUAGCGGUAAGAAUAGCGAUGCACUUAAGUAUUCUACCAUUCCUGUCACUGGAGCAGAUGAAAACACCACGGACAGUGAAUGACGUCACGUGAGUUACGUGGUCUCGCCAUCGGCGAGUCUCACUAGUGGGAAGUUAACAAUUUCCAAUGACAUUUAGUCCUUAAAGACAGUUUAAAUUUUCAGAAAAGAAUUCAACUUAAUUUCCUAGGAUUAGCGAAAUAGUAUGUUUCAUGGGAAAAUAUUACUAUUUGCUUGUACAGUUCGACAGAAGAAUAAGAUGACAAAAUUGGUCUAGAAUUCAAAAUCUAAGGAAUCAGUAGGUAACCUGCUGGUUAUAAAUCCUUAAGUUAUUUUAUUAUGUCGUCUUGAGAGUAGUUAAUAAAUUAUAUUAUGUUCAUUCACGGGAACAGCAUCGCAAGCGAGAAAGAACUGGAAGGAUCUUUAUGAUUGAUUAUCGGAGAAAAACAAAGUUUGUUUUGAAAUAACAUUUUCUGAAUCACCAUAACAUUUAUACGAUCAUUGCUGUUGUAGGGAACAAAACCCCAAGGGUUCCUCGGACAAUUACUUUCAUUGUAACGACAGAAUUCUUUGCUCUUCCAGAUCUAAAUCCAAAGUUAGAUUUGCUGGAGUCGUCUAAAUUUGGAUAGUAGCUUUUAUUGUCAGCGAAGAAAUAUUUAAUCAUAUUUUUGUUUUCAUUUGGAUCAUACAAAUGGAAGAGUUGAAUUUUA